UCAAAAUUUGAAACCCAAAAGAACCUCUUUCUUCUUCAAUUUCAAUUUCAAUUUCAACUUCAACUUGAACACGCUCACAGUAUUUGAAUACGAAACAUGGCACCCGAAUUGGUUGAAACCCGUGAAGCGGUUCGGAGCUCCGAAUGUGAAGAUUCGGAGCUGGAGAAAUUGGAGUCUGAUUUGAAGCCAAUGGCUCACAAGAUUCUCGAUUACCGAUCAACUCUUCCGGAUCAGCUCAAGACCACACUCCUUUCGGUUCUCGAUGCCCAAAGACCCUUUCUUCCACAACUCAACUCAACUCAAGAACAAAACAUUUCUGGAGAGGAAAGUUCAUCUGCACCUGAAGAUCCAGAGACUGCCAAGAAACUAAAAUUGCUAAAUGAAAAGAUCUCAAGCAAUUGCUCUGCUAUGCCAAUUGUAUUGAAAAGGAUGAAAGACUGCAUUGCGAAAAUUGAGAAGUUAGAUUCAUACAAUGCUGCAAUCAUACAUCCAGCCUUCAAAAGGAAAAAGACUGGAUAAGCAUAAUGUAUCAUAGUUUAGUUAUUUAUCUGAACAUCUAAGAAGAUAGGUGAUUCAGCAUUGAUGACCAACUUGGAUUUGGUCAAUGAAGCCACAUGUUCACAUUUUCCUUAUGCUGCAAGUAUGAAGAAAGCUUCGUUUCAGAUGUAUUACAUUGUUUGGCCAUUUGUGAUAAUAUUUUUAAAGCAUACACUGCCUGCAGGACAAGGAAGGAGUGAGAUGGUGAAGAGAAAGUUUGGACAUUGUAUAAUCCUUAUCCCGUUCUUGUGUUAGCUUGAUCAUUGAUUGUAUGUCAUCUUUUUCAUUUGUUGAACUUAUUCUUUGACCUAUUGUAAGCUUGGUCAUUAGGAGAUUUAUCCACUUCAAUUUACCCAACUGGGGUGGUCAUUACUUUAGUUCAGACAUAGUUCAUUGCUUAAUAUGCUAUAGGAUUCUGUUCACCUAUCGCAUUUU